CCCCUUCCUCCCUGCGGGCCGGGAUGGGGUGGUGGCUGUUGGUUGUGGGGCUGCUGCUCUGCGUGCUGCUCCGCUUCGCCCUGCGCAGCUCCACGCCGCCAUUCGCCCUCCAUGCGCUGCACGGCCGCACCGCCGUCGUCACCGGGGGAAGCAGUGGCAUCGGGGAGGCUGUUGCACGGGAGCUGGCACGGUGUGGGGCACGCGUGGUGCUGGCGACGCGUGAUGCGCUGCGGGGAGAGGAGGCUGCAUGGCGCAUCCGUAGGGACACGGGGAACCCCGAGGUGCUCUUCAUGCCGCUGGACCUCAGCAGCCUCCACUCAGUGCACGCCUUCGCCACCGCCUUCCUGCAGCAGGAGCCCCACCUGCACCUCCUCAUCAACAACGCCGGAGUGAGCGCCGGGGGCACGACAGAGGAUGGUUUCAGCCUACCCUUCCAGGUGAACCACCUGGGCCACUUUCUGCUGACCCAACUGCUGCUGCAGCGCCUGCAGAGCAGCGCCCCGAGCCGUGUGGUCAUCGUUGCCUCUUCUGCACACUGUGCCGGCCGCCUGCGCAUGGCCGAGCUCGGCUGCCCACCCCCCGGCCCCUUUGCUGCCUUCCAGGACUACUGUGACAGCAAACUGGCCAACGUGCUGCAUGCCCGGCAGCUGGCAGCACGCCUGCAGGGCACCGGGGUCACUGCCUAUGCCGUGCACCCAGGUUUUGUCAACACGCGGCUGUUCCGUCACGCACCGCUGUGGCUGCAGCUGCUGUGGACUCCACUGUCCCGGUUCUGCUUCCGCAGUGCAGCUGAAGGCGCCCGCACGGUGCUGUUCUGUGCCACGCAGGACGGCCUCGAACCCUUCAGUGGCUGCUACUUCGCUGACUGCCGCCCGCUGCAGCCCUGGGCUCAGGGCAGGGAUGACGCUGCAGCACGAGAGCUGUGGGACCGCAGCGAGAGGCUGCUGGGGCUGCAGCCCUCCUUGUGCACACCUGUGGAAUAAAUAUGUCCUGCA